CAGUUGCACGUGUUGACAUAUUUGCAACGCAAAUUAAAUAUAUCCAUCUGAUCCAGAUUAUAUAGCGAAAUGGGUCGCUCAAAUCGGUCGCGGAAACGCCGCGAUGAAAUGAACAAAAUCAAGAAAGACCGCUACGAUGCCAAGGAGCUAAUACGCCUGAAGAAGACGCUGGGCCUCUUGGACGCCGACGGCAAGGAGAUCAAAAUGGAAAUUGGCGAAGUGGCCGACAUCAAGACCUCCAAGGAGAUUAAGCGGGCAGCCAAAUCCAAAGAGCAGCAGGAGCUGAUCUACGAGCAUCAGGAGAGCCUGGAGAAGGGCAAACCGAUUCCACAGGUCAACGAGAAGACGGGCGUGGAGCACGUCUACAACAGCAAAACCCUCAAAGAUCAGUUCGGCAACUAUCCGGCGUGGUUCAAAAAGAAGAAGACCGCCAAACGUCUACGCAAGAAGCAGCACGCCCAAAAGAAGAACUUCAAGCAGGCCUGGACCACGGUCAACGUGCCGCUCUAGAGGAACGUCAACGCCCAGCUGCCACGCCCACGCCUAGUUGUUAAGCAUAUAUGCAUAGUUUAAGAAGACUCCAAGCAACACUUAACCGUUAGCAAUAUGAGUUUGUAUUGCACAUUAAAGCCUUAAAAUUAUACACAAAAUCCUAAAACUUA